AUGAAUAAUAAACAUGAAACAAAUGGAAUAUCAACUGAUUCUGGUAUCUCAAGUGUUAAUGAAGCUUAUGAUUAUCGUGUUGCUAUUAAAGCUGAGUCAAAUCGUCAAGCUAGACAAGUAUUAAGAAUGGAGGUGGCUGUAUUACGACGUCUACAAGGUAAAUCAAAUAUAUGCCGAUUAUUUGGUUGUGGAAAAAAUGCAAAGUUUAACUAUAUGGUGAUGACAUUACAAGGUAAAAAUCUUUCAGAAAUACGUAGAACUCUACCAGGUGCUAUAUUCUCAUUUGGUACAGCUUUUCGAUUAAUAAAACAAUGUAUUACUGCUUUACAAACUUUACAUGAUGCCGGUUUCUUACAUCGUGAUGUAAAACCAUCAAAUUUUGCAAUUCAACGUGGUAAAUCAAAGGAUAAUUCACAGAGAGUACAAGUUACAUUGCUUGAUUUUGGACUUGCUAGACCAUAUACUAUCAAUGGACCAGGUAGUGAAGUUCGUAAUGCACGUCAAAUUGCUGGAUUUCGUGGAACAGUUCGUUAUGCAUCGAUUAAUGCUCAUGCACAUCAAGAUUUAGCUAGAAAAGAUGAUUUAUGGUCACUUGUUUAUAUGUUUAUUGAAUUUAUUUGUGGACAAUUACCUUGGCGACGUAUAAGAGAUAAAGAAUUAGUAGGACAAAUGAAAAUGGCGCUAAAUCAUAAAGAAUUAGCUAUAAAAUCAGGUCUACCUGUAAAUAUUGUUAAUGCAUGGAUUACACAUUUGGAACAGUUAGAGUAUAAAAGUAUGCCUGAUUAUAAUAUGCUUAUCAGGUGUUUAGAUGAAUGGUUAAUGCAACAUGAAAUACACGAAUUAGAUUUAUACGAUUGGGAAAUUUCAGAUCCUAAUCAAAUUAACAAUAAUACAAAUAAUCAAAAAACUGGUACAAUUACACUUUAUAAACCUGAGUGUAAACCAAUUCAUUCAGAACAAUUUAGUCAUAGAGAAAUCAGAACACAACGGUUCACUGAUCAAAUGAAUACGAAAGAUAUUGCAGAUAAAUGUUCUAAUACAAAAGAGAAACACAAAAAUCAGGUCGGCAAGAAACAAGAUGAAGAAGUAAAAGAAGAAGACGACGAUGAGGAAGAGGAAGAGUAUGUAAAUAAAAUGAAUGAAACAUUGAAACCAAAUACACUUUUACAAAUAAUGCGCGAUAAUCAAAUGACUAAAUUAAAACAAUCUCCAUUGACAUUGAACAAUAGACAUUCUUCUAGCCAUUAUAACUUGAAGAUGACUACUCAUUCAUCAACUAUAGAUAAUAAUGAUAUUAAAGGAUAUUAUGAUAACAGAUUAUUAAAACAAAAAAAUAUGCUAAAAGAUUAUGGUAGUUUAGGCGCUGACUUACCUAGUCAUGAUGGAGAUAUAGAUAAUGCUAUUAUUAUUGAAGGUGAAUAUUCACAGAAUAAACAGAAUAAACUAACAGCAAUCCAUAAUAGUGCUGAUUGUAUUCUAAUUGAUGAUGAAAUUGAAGACAAUAUUAAAGAUGAUAUACCCAUAGAAAUGAAUGUUAAAAAGGAUAAUGAUAAAAAUAAUGUAAUAUGUAAUACAAAAGGAAAUAAGAAUAGAUUGAAUAAUUUAAUCGGUACAAUUAAUUUCUUAGAUAAUUUGGAAGUUCAACAUAAUAAUUCAUUAUUGCCCAAUAUAUCUACAUCUUCACCUAUUCCAAAAAUAAAAAAUAAUAAUCAUGAUAGCCGAGAUUCUAUUCAAGUGAAAGAGAUCAUGUCGACGAAAGAUAAUGUAAAAAUAAUUGAUGCAAAGCCAAUUCAAAAUAACUCUACUGAACAUGAUUCAAUGUCAAAUAAGAUAACUGAAGGAUAUUUGAAAAACUUGAACCAUUCACAAACAAAUAUCAAUAUAAAAGAAAUGAAUCAAAAUCUACAAGACAAUAAAUAUGAUUUAGAUGGACAAAGUCUUUAUAUUUCUUCAUUGAAUGGAAUAACUUCAUCAUCUGUUAUACAAUCUAAUAAUUGUACAACAAAUCCUCGAGCUAAUAUACAUGCUAUUAUUCAGAAUUUAUUAACACGUCAUCAAACUGAUGAUAAUGAUAUAUAUAAACAUAAUAAUAGAACUAUACAAAAAUCUAUAGAUUAUAUUAGGUCAAAAAUAUCACCAUCUAUUGAUAAACAAGAAUGGAUUAAUCAAGAAUUGAAUAAUAAACAAUUAAAUAGGUUUAAUGAUAAUCAAUUUAAUGAAAUCACUUCAUCAAAUAUUGAUUUACGAAUGAAUAGUAUUACUGAUAAAUCAAUUAAUCAUUUAAAUAAAUAUUCUUUAUUAGAUCAAUCAUCACCUUAUCAUAUACAUUUUUCAUUAGGACAUAUUAAUACAAAUGAUAAUGAACAAUAUCAUAAAUUUUUAACAGUACCACGAAAAGAUCAUAUUAGUUUAAGUACAUUACGUCUUAAUCGUACUAGACAAUCUCUUACAUCUAAUAUAUCAAAUUCAUUAGUAAAAAUUAAUCAAUCUACAGAACAAUAUCAAAGUAUAAAUGAAAAUAUUGAGAAUAAAUAUCAGACAACAAGUAUCAAUUAUCAAUCUGAUAAAAAUUAUCCUAUUCCAAGAAAAAAACGUACACUUUAUUUAAAUAAUAAUAAUAAUUAUUAUACAGAAAAAGUAAUUGAAUCAUCACAAAAUAUUCAUUUAAAAUCAUUAGAUAUUAUUCAAAAUAAUGAUGAGAAACAAGUGAAAAUAACUAAAUCAUUAUAUCAAAAUAAUUUUCUAUCUGGAUCUAAUAUUGAAAAUUAUCGACAAAAAUUAAUAGAUAAUAAACAAAAACAUACACAACAACAACAACAACAACAACAGAAAAGUAUAAAUUCAACACGAUUACUUGGUCCAACAGCACGUUCUGUACUUGAGAAUGGUAGAAGUAUACAUCAAAAUCAUUGGAGUUUAAAUAUUACCAGCAAUACUGAUGGCAAUAACGAUACUACUACUACUACUACUACUACUAAUAAUAAUAAUAAUAUAAGCAGUAGUAAUAGUUGUACCAAUUUUAAAGAGAAUAAAAACAGAAUAAAACGAAAUAGUUUAUCAGCUAAAACAUUAAAUGAAAAAUUAAAGAAUAAUACUAAUGAAACAUUAUCAUGUAUUAUAAAUUAUGAUAGAUCAUUUAAUUCUCAGCAAGAUAUUAAAAAUUCAUGCAUUAAUGGUUCAACAAUAAAUCAGUUAUUAAGAAGUCAGCGUUUAACGAAGCCUUAUUCAGAAGUUUCACUUCAUCAAGAAACUGGUAAAACUUCAAUAAAACAUAACAACAACAAGGCUAAACAACUCAGUGGAAAAGAUUCAGUGUUAACCUCGAUUAGGUCAACCAGUUCACAACCAAUUCAGCAAAAACAACAUCGAAAAGAUGCUGAAGGUGUAAAUCUUCACUCAGGUGAAAAAUUGAACAAUAGUCGACUUGAAGAUGUUGGCCAAAAACAAAAUAAGCACAGUUAUUUCCCACUAAAGACAACUAAAACAUUAUUAACUCCAACGAAUUUAACUGAAAAACGAUAA